UAUUGCAUCAGUACUUCAGCAAAAUGGAAGUAAUGGAUGUCGCAAUAACUUUAGGGAUGCUGUGCAUCAUAGUGUAUCUGAUACUUGUGCGAAGAUUUCAAUACUGGACGGAACGUAACGUACCUCAGCUGAAGCCUGAACUCUUAUUUGGUGACGUGCGGGAUGUGAACAAAAUCUACCACAUUGGUGAGAAGUUUCAUCAGCUUUACAAAGCGCUCAAAGGCAAGCAUCCUUUCGGUGGAAUCUACAUGUUUACCAAACCGGUCGCCUUGAUCACCGAUCUGGAGCUGCUAAAGUGUGUGUUUGUGAAGGACUUCCAAUACUUUCACGAUCGGGGUACGUAUUACAACGAGAAACAUGAUCCACUAUCAGCUCAUCUGUUCAACUUGGAAGGGCAGAAGUGGAAAAAUCUUCGCAAUAAGAUCUCCCCAACGUUCACAUCCGGCAAGAUGAAGAUGAUGUUCCCGACGAUUGUGGCAGCUGGGAAGCAGUUUAAGGACUUUAUGGAGGAUACUAUUCGAGGGCAAGAAGAGCUAGAGCUGAAGGACGUUCUUGCCCGCUACACGACGGAUGUGAUCGGAAUGUGUGCGUUCGGUAUCGAGUGUAACAGUAUGCGUGACCCGGAUGCAGAAUUCCGUGUGAUGGGAAGGAAAAUCUUCACAAGACCGCGUGGCAAGCUGCAGCUGUUGCUGAUGAACGCUUUCCCGAGGGUGGCUAAGCUAGUGGGCAUCAAGGUAAUCGUUCCGGAGGUGGCAGACUUCUUCAUGAGCGUUGUUCGGGACACGAUCAAGUACCGGGUCGAAAACAAUGUGCAGAGAACCGACUUUAUGGACAUUCUCAUCCAGAUGCGCAGCGAUAAGGACACAAAGUCUGAUGACGGUACAUUGACAUUCAAUGAGAUAGCUGCUCAGGCGUUUGUGUUCUUUUUGGCUGGGUUUGAGACAUCAUCUUCGCUGAUGGCUUUCACACUGUACGAGCUGGCACUGAAUCAAGACGUUCAAGAAAAGGUCAGAAAAUGUAUUAGGGACGUACUAAAACGACAUGAUGGAAAACUAACGUAUGAAGCAGCGUUGGAGAUGGACUAUUUGGAACGUGUUCUAAAAGAAUGUCUUCGAAAGUAUCCACCAAUAUCGGUUCAUUUCAGAAUCACGGCAAAGGAUUAUGUAGUGCCAGGGACCAACUCCAUCUUAGAAGCUGGCACGUCCGUAAUGAUACCGGUGCUGGGUAUUCAUCACGAUCCGGAAUAUUUCCCCGAUCCGGAACGUUUCGAUCCGGAUCGGUUUACGCCGGAACAGGAAGCGAAGCGUCAUCCGUACGCCUGGACACCAUUCGGAGAGGGUCCACGGAUUUGUGUGGGACUGCGGUUUGGUUUGAUGCAGACGCGCAUUGGAUUGGUACAUCUGCUUACAAGUUUUCGAUUUGAUUGCUGCUCCAAAACACCUAUUCCUAUGAAAUUUGACUUGAAGAAUGCUAUUCUAUCGCCGAAAGCUGGUAUGUGGUUGAAGAUAGACAAGCUCACUGAUGAAUAGUGG